GUGCACAAUUUUUGGGCCUGCUUAUCAGCCAUGUGGCACCGUCAAAAAGGAUACACAAACAUGGGCAAAACCAACAACAGGAGCAGCAGACAACAACAUUAAUCAUAACGUAUCGAUAAGAGGCAAAAGUUUUUGGGGGUUCUUAUACUGUGUGUCUCUCUCUCUCUUUAAUCGGUCGGCGGAGGGGGAGAAAGAAAGGGCCUCGCCCACAAUUAAUUGAGGAUUUUUAGCAUGUUACAAAGCGGCGUCACCAACAUCGACACCAUCACCACCAACGACAGCAGCAAUGAUGGCUUCAAUCAAUCAUUCAUGGCUCAUAUGUUGCCAUCCAGCCCAGACAGUGCAACGAUGGUUGACAGCCCCAAGCAGUUGCUCUUGUCGAAUGCCACAUUGCUAACACAUGUCGCUCAGCGACUUAACAUAUCGCUUGAGAAUCUUACAAAUCUCACAAUGACCAUGGACUUAUCCACGGAUCCGCUGGCCCUGCUCAUCGGUCUAACCGUUUGCUAUGCGCUCAUCUUCAUUGCCGGACUGCUGGGCAAUCUAAUCACCUGUAUUGUCAUCUCACGUAAUAAUUUCAUGCAUACGGCCACGAAUUUCUAUCUCUUCAAUUUGGCUGUCUCCGAUUUGAUUCUCUUGGUGUCAGGCAUUCCCCAAGAGCUGUACGAUUUAUGGUAUCCCGAUUCGUAUCCCUUUACGGACGGCAUGUGUAUCAUGAAGAGUGUGCUAUCGGAAAUGGCUGCCAAUGCCACGGUUCUAACCAUUACAGCGUUCACUGUGGAGCGUUACAUAGCCAUUUGUCAUCCGUUUCGGCAACACACCAUGUCAAAAUUGUCGCGUGCUAUUAAGUUCAUUUUUGCCAUUUGGCUGGCAGCCUUCCUUUUGGCUCUGCCUCAGGCAAUGCAAUUUUCGGUGGUCAAUCAAAAGAAUGGCGGCAGCUCUUGCACGAUGGAAAACGAUUUCUAUAUACAUGUGUUUGUUGUGUCAGGAUUCAUUUUCUUUGGUGGACCUAUGACGGCAAUUUGUGUGCUUUAUGUCUUAAUCGGAGUAAAACUGAAGCGAAGCCGUUUACUUCAGUCGGUGCCACGGCGAGCCUACGAUGCGAAUCGCGGCCUUAAUGCCCAGAGCCGAGUCAUCAGAAUGUUGGUAGCUGUAGCCGUUGCCUUCUUCCUAUGCUGGGCCCCAUUUCAUGCUCAGCGUCUAAUGGCGGUGUACGGGCAAUCGUUGAUUAACAUCGGCAUCAACCGGGACGCCUUUAACGAUUACUUCCGCAUCCUUGAUUACACGUCCGGAGUGCUUUAUUUUCUAUCCACCUGCAUUAAUCCAUUGCUGUACAACAUUAUGAGUCACAAAUUUCGUGAGGCCUUUAAGAUCACACUAACCCGACAGUUUGGUUUGGCCAGAAGCAAUCACCACCAGCAGAGCCAGCACCAUCAUCAUCAGCACAAUUACAGUGCACUUUUGCGUCAGAAUGGCUCCAUGCGGCUUCAGCCGGCAAGCUGUAGUGUCAAUAACAAUGCCCUCGAACCCUACGGCUCAUAUCGUGUGGUGCAGUUCCGUUGCCGCGAUGCCAGCCAUCAGAUGUCGCUGCAGGACAGCAUACGCACCACAACGACAACCACAACGAUUAACAGCAGCAGCUGUGGCAGCGCCGCCGCCGCCUCAUUGGGUGGUCGGCGUGGACGCAAACAGGAUUUGUAUGGACCAAGUCCAGGCAGUGCUCUGCCAGCAUCAACUGCACAUCAUCGCAAGCUGCAGACCCAGGUCUCUCAAUUGUCAACGAUGGGCGAUGCCAAUUCACUGCUCGAGGCGGAGAUUGUAAAUGCGGAUGCCACGCGACAUUAUGCAACUGGACCCGGACGUGCCAAACGUGCUUUGUUAGCCACUAAGAACGGAGCUUUGUUGGUCACUCACCCGGCAAUGUCCAUGGAGACGGAGAGUGCGCAACCACAGGGCUCUCGCCUGAAGUUGUCCCGUGUGAUAAGCCGUCGAGAUGAAACAGCAGCCUCCUAUUGUGGCAGCAAUAGUCUGCCCGAACAGGAAUCAGAAACGCUAUCAGUUUCGCGCAAGUUUCCAUGGCGCAAAAGGCGGCAAAAGCUAGAUGAGUCCUCUCCAGUUGCCACUGGAAACUUGUCCUACGGUUCCCCUAAGUCCCAGUGAUGGUCGUAUUUCUAUAUUGUAUGUAUGU